AUGGCUGCAGCACUGCACCCUCAGGGCGAAGCGCCCCUGGAGGUGGAGGGGUGCCUCAUCAUGAAAAUGGGAAAGAACCCCGAGUGGACAUCGGAGUGCACUGUGGAAGGAUCAGAUAGCUCUGAGUCCGAGACCUUUCGCAGAUGCUUCAGGCAAUUCAGUUAUGAGGAUGUGACCGGACCUCAUGAAGCUUUCAGUAAACUCUGGGAACUUUGCUGCCAGUGGCUGAAGCCAGAAAUGCGUUCCAAGGAGCAGAUCCUUGAGCUGCUGGUGAUUGAGCAGUUUCUUACCAUUUUACCGGCGAAGAUUCAGGCGUGGGCACAGAAGCAGUGCCCGGAAAGUGGAGAGGAGGCAGUAGCCCUGGUGGUCCAUUUGGAGAAAAAGACCGGCAGACUAAGACAGCAGGUGAGCAGUCCUGUGCACUGCAAGAAUCCGUCCUCGCUCAGAGCAUCAUGGGAGGUAGCAGACCUGCCGGAACAGGUGGACACUCAGCUCAGGGUGGUGUCCCUGGAGGAAGCUGGAAACCUCCACUCAGGACACCAGGAGCAGCAGAACCAUAGGAGAGAGCAUCGACCCUUUCCCAAAAAUGCUCGGCCUUCUUCUUGGAUGCCUGUCCCGACUGAUGAAUGGAACACGACAGACCAAGGCAUGCCAACUACAUAUCUUUCUGCUGGAGCCCAGGGACCAGUGAAAGAUACCCAUAUGACAAAGGGUUUUCCCUACAAAAAGAGUGUACACCAGGCUCCUGCUCACAGAAACCUCUACCGGGAGAUCAGGAAGGAGAGUAUUGAGAACAUGGUCUCGUUGGGAAGUACAGUAUCUGCACCGAGCAGGACAGACCAAUUAGAACAGAGAAAGGAGCCACGGACCAUAGGUCUUCAUUCAUCUCAUAAGAAGAAUCUCCUCCAAAGCAACUAUGUUAAGGAAAAAUCACUUCAUGCCGUUCAGGCUCCUACGAGGAAUUCAGGGAAAAAAUGGCCAGAGUCGCAACAGUGGGGCUUAGAAGAUGAAAAAAUCGCAGGCGUUCACUGGAGCUACGAAGAGACUAAGACCUUCCUCACAAUUCUCAGAGAGUCCCGCUUUUAUGAAACCCUUCAGGCUUGUCCCCGCAACAGCCAGGUAUAUGGUGCCGUGGCCGAGUGGCUGCGGGAAUGCGGUUUCCUCCGGACCCCAGAGCAGUGCCGCACCAAGUUCAAAAGCCUCCAGAAGAGUUACCGUAAAGUCCGAAGUGGCCACAUGCUGGAACCCUGUGCCUUCUUCGAGGACAUGGAUGCCUUGUUGAAUCCUGCAGCCUACCCUUCGUCCACUGACAAAGCGACGGGGACGCGCCCUCUCCCCAGACUGAAGAGGAUUGUCAUCAGUAAUAAAGAACAGAUCCGUUUGCUGGACGAAGAGGAAGCGGCAGGAGAAUCCGACGGUGACGAACUAGGCAUUGAAGUAAUCCCGAAAUCUGAGAUUCGUGGUGCCCCGGUUUUGUUUCAAAACCUGAGUGGUGUGCACUGGGGCUAUGAGGAAACCAAGACUUUUCUCGAUAUCCUCCACGAGACUCGGUUUUAUGAAGCCCUUCAAGCCUGUCAUCGGAAGAGCAAAUUGUAUGGUGCUGUCGCUGAGCAACUGCGAGAGUGUGGCUUCUUCCGGACUCCAGAGCAGUGCCGGACCAAGUUCAAAAGCCUACAGAAGAGCUACCGCAAAGUGAAAAAUGGUCACGUGCUCGAGUCUUGUGCUUUCUACAAGGAGAUGGAUGCUCUGAUCAACUCACGCUCAUAUGCCCCUCCUACUAACACCUUGGAAGGUGUUCCAUCGCCCUCAAGACAAGAAAGAGGGAGUAUUGAGAUUGAACCCCAGGAACUGACAGACUGGGAACCUGAGGAGACCUCGCAGGAGGCAAUUAUAGAAGAUUCUGGUAGUGAGAGAAUGAGUGAGGAGGAAAUUGGCGAAGAGCCAGAAUUCCAAGGACCUACAGGUCAACAGCAAAGCCCAAGUGAUUUUGAAAUUGGAUAUAGCGUGAAGGAAGAUCCACCACAGACAAUAUAUAAGGACAUGGAGCAGCAUAAAGCAUUCAUUGAAAAGUCUCAGAGAGUUAUUUCCCAGAAUACUGAUCAAGGUAAAUACCACAAAAGGGAAUGCAUCUCAGGAAAACAGUGGGGAAACCCUAAAGACAUUCACCAGGGCAAGCUGGUAUCUCAGCCUAGAGAUUUAGGGAAAGCUACAAUACACCAGAGGUCUUUCAUAGCAAAGAGGCCGUACAGACUUCUCAAAUACGGAGAGAGCUUUGGAAGGAGGGCUCAUCUUAUGUGCAGGAUGACCCAUCAAAAGGAAAAUCCCUGUAAAUGUAGUUUCUGUGGAAAGUGCUUUGGUAGAAGCAGGAGCCUAAUGAGACACCAAAGAAUCCACACAGGAGAAAAACCUUUGACGUGUCUUGACUGUGGGAAGAACUUUAAUGAUUCCUCAGACUUCAAUGCCCACCAGAAAAUUCACGAGAGAGAGAACCCCUACAGGUGUGGAACGUGUGGAAAAUGCUUCAGUCAAAGCUCAAGUCUUCUUGUCCAUCGGAGAACUCACUCAGGUGAGAAGCCUUAUCAAUGUGGAGAGUGUGGGAAAAGCUUUACAAACAGUCUUCAUCUCAGCAUCCACCAGAGAAUCCACCCAGGGCAAAGUCCCUACAAAUGUGUGGAUUGUGGAAAAAGCUUCAGUAACCGUACAAGUUUUCAAGAGCAUCAGCGAACACACUCUGGUGAGAAGUCCUACGGGUAUGCCCAGUGUGGUAAACGUUUCGGUCAGAGUUCUGUUCUCACCAAACGCCGAGAGGUUCAUAUUCAGGAAAAGCUGUCAUUCUCUUCGUCUUUUUAUUCCCCAGAGAACCCACACAAGGGCAAGGUUGAUGAGUUCAGGAAAACGUUUUGA